AUGUCAUCCAACAAGAGCUACACCAUCCGUAUCGCUUCGGACCUCACCAACUUGGCGCCCAUCAAGUUCCCAUGGAGCGAUGAAAGAAUCGACCAAGCGGUCGAAGAAGCCCGAUGUGCCGUGCGGUCUCUGAGACAGACUAGGCAGAUUCUAACGGCCGCGACCAAAACGUCUCGCCGUAGACGAGUUAACGUAGCCAAGCUACACCCACUUUUCAUGGUCGAAGAGAAGAAGCGACCAGAAAAAAAACCUCUGAAGGCCGUGAAGAACGUUCCAUUAAAUUCCAUGGAAAAUACCUCUCAACCGGCCAUAAAGACCGCCAAGAAGCCAGAUUCUGAACCUACCGUGAAAAAGCCGGAAUUUGACUUCGAUAAGGUAGAUUUGGAAGAAAUUGACGUGCCGUACAGCACAUUUACAUCAUGUAAACUCGUCGAUGAUCUACUCAUCGAAGACGCUGAUGACUGGGCUGAAGAGAACGCCAUAAUCAAGAAAAUGAUGCAAGAAGACACGGAUUGCCUUCUGAUGCCUCCACCAUCCAAACGUCCGAAAAGAUGCUUCAUUAACGCCGCCGAAAAUAAAGAAAUCUGCUACGACUUGGCAGACGUAUUUCAAGAAGUUUCUUCCGAGCUAGAAGAGGCUGACGAAAACUUUGAGGUCAAGAAAGGCAUGGAAAAGCUAGAAAUUUGCAAAAAGCGUCUGGAGUGGCUGUACUCAAAAUGGGACUUGCCUAUGCCUAAGGGCUCAAACCAAACGUAG